AUGACUUCUAUUUCAACAAAAUGGACACCAAAAAAACGCGAUUAUACAUCCGAACACAAACGAUUGAACAAAACUACAAAUGUUACAACAACUCAUCCUCUUGGUGUUAUUGUUGCAAACAAACCGCAAACAACCACAACCUCGUCAUCUUCAAUAGUAGAUCCUCUUUCAACAAAAACAAGUGAAGCUGAAAUCGAUCCAUUGUCGCGUGCAUUAGCAGCUGCAAUUUCAUCAAAAAUAGAGUCAAAAGUUGAACAUUCACCAGGAAUAACAGAUACAUUUGAACCAUGGUCAAGUAAAAAAGGGCUUAUUUUAAGUCAAUAUAUAACAACAAAGAAGAUUAGCAUGACAACAGCUAUGAGUAAUAAUAACGACGAAUCAAUGAUUGAUAGUUCUAAAAUCGCAGAUAUGACAACAACAUCGGAACGAAUUAAAAAUCGUCUUGAGCAAUUAGAUGCAUAUGAAGGAGGACAGCAAACACAAAGUUUAACACAACAAGAAUAUGUCAAUCGAAUUAACGAAAUGAAUAAAGAUAUGGGUCAAGCAUGGAAAAAUGACCAACGUGUUAAAACAUUAAAAAUCGUUAUACAAAGUUGUAAAUUAUUAGCUGAUAUGAAUGUUAUGGAAUUUUAUCCAAGUAAAUUUUGUUUGAUUACAGACGUAUUAGAUACUUUUGGAAAACUGGUUUAUACACGUUUAUUAGAAAAAAGUGCUUCAUCAACAGGAAAAAUUCCUGACCGUGUUGUACCUGAUCUUAUUCCAGAAGCGACUCGGGAGACAACUCGUAAUUGGUUUUAUAAAAUAGCGAUUAUCCGUGAAUUAUUACCGCGUAUACUUGUUGAAGCAUCUAUUCUUAAAUGUUAUAAUUUUUUAUCUACAACGCACUAUCGAAUAGCUCUAAUGCAGUUAGUUAAAUUGUGUCGUGGCAUCGGAGAUCCAUUAGUAGCUGCCUAUACUCGUUGUUAUAUUUGUCGUGUUACCAUUGAUAUUGAUUAUAAGUAUCGUGAACCUAUUGAAUUGGCUUUUACAGAUAUAUGUCAUUCGUUUCAUCAAAUAAAUACACCAACGGUUAAAAAUAUGUAUACAUUACAAAAAUUAACAACUAGCAUUUACUUAUCACUAUUCUCACCGGCAUUAGAUUGGAUUGUUCAAUGUUUAUUGUAUAACUUAGUUGAAGUCAAAAUGGAAGAAAUUAUCAAUAAAACACGAUCCGAACUUACUAUUGGUGGUGUCAUAUUAAAUGCACUUCUAAAUACACUUCCACCAAGUCAUGUUCGUGUGAAAGUUAAACAAUAUAUUGAAAUGAUCGGCGAAUGUGAUGAACAACAUUUUCCAAAGAGUAUACUUUAUCGUUCUCUUGGUCUAUCACUUCUAUUGUCAACACCGACAUCAACACCAUCUGAUCUUCAAUUAUUAAAUAGUGUUUGGAAAGUAGUAACAAAAUUUAGGGAUCCAUCGGCUUAUAUGCCAUGUGCUGAAGUUUGGACUGAAUUAACAUCCAAAGAAUAUACGACUCGAGAAUUGAAUACUUUAUUAGGUGAUAUUAUUAAACACUUAACACCAGAUCGUAUAUUUGAAGAAUAUUAUGGAAAAUUACAUGGAAUUAUGAUUAAACUUCUAGCAAAUGUUCAAGAUUUUGCAUCAUUAUUUUCUAUGGAUAAAAUGUUACCAUUUCUUGAUUUAUUUCAACGCGAAAAUAUUCGAGUAGAUUUAUUUAAAUCAAUUUUACAUGCAUUUAUUAAUAAAGAUCCACAAGAAAAAACCAAUGAUCCAGUAUUAAUAUCUGCUAUGAUGCAUUGUGCAAAAAGUGUUCAUGAUACACUUGGUGCUUUGACCAAUGAUGAUGAAUUACGUGAAGUUAGUGGACUUUUAUCUGCAUUGAUACGUAAAGUCGAUUAUGGAAGAGAUGUUGAACAGGAACUGAAGUUUUGUGUGGAAGCGCGUGGUUUAUUUGGCUAUGUCGAUUCAAUUACUAUUACACUUAUACAGAAAGUCAACACGUUAGCUGUAUCAACACAUCGUAUUGUCAACAGCGUACAUUCAACGGCAACAUCGUCGUUUAUACGUGCUUGUAUGGCGUUCUGUUACAUAACAAUACCAUCAUUAGAACAUCCUUUACAAAAACUUCAAUUAUAUAUUCUAUGCGCACAAACAGCAUAUUUAACUCAAAGUCUUUCACAAGCUGAUGGUUUUCUUAAAAUGGCCAUAACGCUAUUGACUGAUUUUCCAAAACAAAUUGAAAUAGAAGGAAAAUUAGUAUCAAGUGAUAAAUAUCUAUAUGAAUCAGUUACAAAUUUAAUGUCAACACUUGUCAUUGCACCUGAUAAUCCAGAUGCAGGCGUUCUAUAUCUUGCUCAUGGUUUAAAUAAUGUUAUUAAUCAAAUGAAAUGUUUUGAUGAUACAAGUGAAACACGUGUAAUGCUUUUUAUCAACAUGUUGUGUCUUCUAUCGACACAAAUUCAAAAAAUCUUGCCAUAUCACAUUCCAAAAGUCGAAUCGAAUGACACUUUAUAUGGUAAUGAUGAAAAUUUCAUUAAUGAAAUUCAUCAACGAUUAACUCGUAUUUGUGAACAAAUCAUACAAAUUCUGAAAGAUUUAGCAACUACAAAUCCGAAACGACAAUCAACACUUGCACUUGAAUUUUUCAAUCGUUUGAUAGCACAUGGAGAUUUGAAUCAACCGAAAUGCCUGAAAUUUGCUGUUAAUCUUUGGGGUUUAGUACAAAAAUCUUCUACUCCAGAUACACAAAAAUUUGCUAAACGCAUUUUAACACUUAUUGAAGCUCGUUCCGAUCAUGAUCAAGCAUUUAAACGCUUGUCGGAAUUGAUUUCAAGCACUUCGAAUGAUACAAGUAGAGUAUCAUCUCGGUCGGCAUCGAUGUCAAAUGUUGCACAACCACUGAAUACUGCUGAUUGA